AUGGCAUCAAAAAAGCCAAAUGUGAUAUUUGUUUUAGGUGGACCGGGAGCUGGCAAAGGUACACAAUGUGUUCGUAUUGCCGAGAAAUACGGUUAUGUUCAUUUAUCAGCCGGUGAUCUUCUUCGCGAAGAAGCAGCAAAACCUGAUUCAUCUUUAGGUCAGGAAAUCAAUGAACAUAUCAAGAAUGGUUCUAUUGUACCCGUUGCAGUGACUUGCAAAUUACUUGAAAAUGCUAUGAAAAAGAGCGGCAAAGAAAAUUUUUUAAUUGAUGGAUUUCCACGUAAUAAAGAUAAUGUUGACGGAUGGAAACAAGCUAUGGAUGGAAAAGCUAAUGUUCAAUGUGUACUCUUUUUUGAUUGUGAUGAAAAGACUUGUGUUGCUCGCUGUCUUGACCGUGGUGGUAAAGGAAGUGGACGAACCGAUGAUAAUGAAGAAAGUUUAAAGAAACGUAUUGUAACAUACAAUGAAUCAACACGACCGGUAGUUGAACUCUAUGAAAAAGACAAUUUAGUUAAACGUGUUGAUGCCUCAAAGGAUGUUGACAAGGUUUUUCAAGAUGUUCAACAUGUUUUUAAUAAUCUCAAAUCGACAGCUCAAUGA